AUGUUUUUUAGUCACAUAUUGACAAAAGCACUUUGCAGUUGUCACACAGGACUGCCACAAAAGUAUGGUAACAGUAAUAAAUUUAUCUUAAACUGCUAUAGCACAGUUACGAAGGAACAAAAUGUUAUUGUUGGAGAACAAGUUAUUAACUAUUUGAAGGUCGGUACGGGACAGCAUCAUUUAUUGCUUCUACCGGGGGCCCUAGGUUCCAUUUGGACUGAUUUUAAGCCACAAGUAGAAGGUGGCUCAGGCCAGUCAAAGUACACUAUUAUAGCAUGGGAUCCUCCAGGCUAUGGGCACAGCCAACCUCCUCCACAUGACUUCCCACCAGAUUUCUUCUUCAGGGAUGCAACUUGUGCAGCCAAGCUCAUUGAAGUACUGAAUAUCAACAAAUACUCACUUCUGGGGUGGAGUGAUGGAGGUAUCACAGCACUAAUAAAGGCCGGCAAAUAUCCCCAAAAUGUCAAGAAAUUAAUUGUUUGGGGUGCAAAUGCUUUCAUCAGUGCUGAAGAUGCUGAAAUUUACAAAGGUAUCCAUGAUGUUAGUGCAAUGUCAGAACGCUAUUGGAAACCCAUGGAAGAUCUGUAUGGGGUAAAAGGAUUUGCAGAGUUGUGGGCUGCAUGGGUGGAUACAAUGGUACGCAUGCAACGUGGGCAGGAAAUAUGUUUUCAAGAAUGGGAAACAUAA